AUGGCACAAUCUGCCUCUAUGGAUCUGGAUAAGCCAGAGGACGUCUUUCUUCAGGACAUCUCCGGACCUACGAUCGCCGAGCAUGCCCUAAAAUGCACCGAGCUUUUCCAAAAGAAUAUGGCUUUGCCCAACAUUGUCCCAGAUCCAACGAUAAUGGAUGACCAGUUAGCGAGGUUCACGUUAUGGGCUUCCAACAUGGACGUCUUUGGGCCGCCAAACAUCUCAUUGGACUUCAGGCUCAGAUAUAGUCCGAAUAUUGUCGAUAUUCUUCACCAGCUUCUAGACGUGAUCUAUAAUGCUCUUACGGAGUUAAAACCGAUCGACGAGCCGCCACCGACCCCGAGCAGAAAGAAGCAGCGCAUAUCUAUUUCAGACCAAGUGCGCAUGGGCGCGAGUGAUGACAACGCCAGCGACACAGACAGUGACGAAGAUCAAGCCGACAAAAACACUUCCCUCCUCACGUACACUAUCAGUGGCACCGUGACACGACUAUUUCGAUUGUCCAAUGCGAUUCGAAAGUCCGCGAAGGCCUCGAGAGCACAAAAGUUAAAAGACUAUCAGCUGGAUGAUGACACACAACGUGCCAUUGAUGAGCUGCGCUUGUACACCGAUUGUUAUAUUCGUUUCAGAUUCCCCGAGGCCCCAGAGUCGCUUCGGUGCGCCCUAAUAGAAGCAAAUGUACUGCGACUUCGGCGGCUGUCGUAUCAGAGGCUACAUCGGAGACGUAUUGCGUUAAGCAUUGAGAAACCGCAGCCAGGUCAAAUAAAACUGCCGUUGCCCAAGAUUCCGGAAAAGCCAAGAACUGUGCGUUUCGCUCCAGAGGUAACCCCAAAGACGAAAGUCAGAAACGAGGAACGUGGUCGGCAGGACUAUCCACCCGCUCCGUUAACUUACGCUACUACCGCUCGGCAGACUGAGAUUGGAGCGCUGUAUGCAAAGUCCACAACGGAGGUCCCCCGAGCAAAGUCCGUGUUGGUGAACAACGAGCUAUCUUUCCCACCCAUUCCGCAACAGAAUGAAUGUCCUUAUUGCGGCGUGAUCAUUGAAUUCAAGGGCCCAAGCAAGUCUAAUAUCUGGAGGACCCAUGUUAUUAGGGAUCUAGAGCCAUUCAUUUGUCUCUUCACAGCAUGUACGGAUUCAUGUCGGCAGGGCCAUGGUCCAUUGACUUUCGAAUCGUCCAAAGCGUGGAUGAGCCAUAUGCAGAACUCGCACGGAAUCGCAUGGGAAUGCAGAGCUCCUUCUCACAACCCAAAGAUCUUCAGAGAUGAGAUCCAAUUCCAGAAGCACUCUUACGAUGAGCACGGGGUUCCCGAAGCUCACGUUCGGACUUUGAGUGAAGCAGCACGGAGGCCAUUCCAGGAUAAAAUACAGGAGUGUCCUUUUGGGGAUGACUUUGUCCCAUCUGAAGAGGCCGACCGCUACGGAAUUUUCUCCUAUGAAAAUCUUCAUUCUCACGUUGCCGCACACAUGAAGGAGCUCGCCCUGCUUGCGCUUCAAAAGCUCCCUCAUGACGGCGGGACAGAGGCCAGCGACUUCGACAGUGAGAUAUCAAUUGGAGAUGAUGGCAAUGCAAAGUUACGUGGGUCGAUGUGCAGUAUCAUGGACGAUGAUGCAUUGAACUUUUCAGAUACUGCAGGAGAUAACCAGGCUGGCGACCCCAAGGAAAGUAUUACUUCUUCGAUCAAAAACCUUGAUAUUGAAGACAUCGAGCCGCCAACGGAUCUCGAUGCACUUCGCCAAGCGAUUCAAUGCGACGAUGUGGAGCGAGUUCGGGCUUUGAUGCACCUCGUCACGAGAAGCGAUAGGUCUCGUGGCAAGAAGCCUCUUCAUUAUACUGCUCUUUACCGGAAGAAAGAUAUAAUGAGGCUUUUACUAGAAUCUUCUGACCACGAGGUAAUUUGUGCCACAGACGAAAACGGUCUGACGCCACUGCACUACGCGGCAAGAGGAGGCUUUGUGGAAGGCAUUGGCUUGCUGAUUCAAGCUGGAGCCACAAUCGAUAUGCGCGACGAUUAUGACUUUACACCACUACUAUGGGCUGUUGUUAGCGGAAACUUAGACGCAAUCGACAAGUUGGAAUCACUUGGGGUUGAUCCGGCGGACAAGUACAACGAUUUACGGGGUACGUCUGCUGUGGGAUGGGCAAUCAGUCUUGGCCUGCAUGACCUGGCUAUGCAUUUCAUCAAGUCAAGGCCACCACUACCGAAAGUCUCCGAGGCUGUCCUGAUGAACCAGGCGGCUGCCCAGGGAAUGCUGGAUGUAGUCAGCCUCCUCAUUUCAGAAGGUGUCUCUCUCAAUGAGCGAGAUAAAGACGGGUGGUCCGCCUUACACUGGGCCGCUGAGGGACCAGUAUCGCAUACAAAGGGCCGAGAUAUCGAUCCCACAGACGAUUCAGCAUGCUAUAACAUACAAUGGAUCGUUAGUUCAGGGGCUGAUCCGAAUGCGGUGAGCUUAUAUGGAACUUCACCAUUGCACUGUGCUGCAGGCGUUGGUCCAAGACGAACCCAGCUGCUUCUCGAAAGUGGGGUAGACCUGUUUAGCGAAACGUGUCAUGGCUGGACAGUAAUGCACCAUGCCGCCUACCUCGGGAGUCACGUUGCUAUAGAGUACAUUCGGUACACUAUUGUCCGCGGCUUUUCAAGUGAACAGGAAGAACGACUCAUUCUUUUGCAGGACAACCACGGCUGGUCUCUAUUGCAUCUUGCGGUUCUUGGGAGGCAUCCAGAAACGAUCAGAGAACUCCUUCGCCAACCCUCUGGGGACCAGCUCCUCAUCAAACGAGACGAGCUCGGCCGCACAGCAGAAGACUGGCUCGAUAUUGAGCUCGAGAGUCAUUCUUAUGCGAAAAUUAGCAAUUUGGCAUACUCCAAGUCUCGAUGUUGCAGGCCAGUCACUGGACUACGAAUAGCAGCACGGGAGAAUAAUAUAGACCUGGUUGAACUCCUCUUGGACCAGGAUCACGAUAUUGAUGGCACCGACACUGGGCAAAGAACUGCACUGUAUUAUGCUGCGAGUAAAGGCCACCUCCGAAUCGUAGAAUUGCUGUUAAGCAAGGGUGCGGAUCCGAAUAUCCUGCCAGUAGGGCGCCUGAUGUGGGAACUCUUUGUCCAUGAUUCUGAGAUAUUGCGACAACUUCGGCGGUACGGGUACAGCAAGCCAGUUCAAGACCUCGAGAAAGACAACCAAAUCAGGUUGAUGUUGCACAAUGCCGCUUCUAAGAAUCCGCUUCCACAGCCCAAAGAUUCGCCGCAGCCAACAAGGCCCAACCCACCGGCUCAGAACACGUCUGCUUCGUCGGACACUCCUAACAAUACCACGGCAGAGUCAAGAAUCGAGCAACCUCGAUCUCGGAUGUCAAGCUUCUGGAAGCGACUCAGAGGCUAA